UGUUUCUCUCCUCUCUCCGCAGACUUGCUACGAGAUGGAACGAUACCUGAAAGAUGAACCAAAACUUCAGACAUACAAGAAGCUGCCCGCUGACCUGGACACACCAUGGGACCUGUUCGCCGCACCCGGACCUAUCUCCGGCUGGAAAGUAGAAGUAGAUUCGUGUUGUUUAGAAGAUUUAAAUUUAAAUGAUAGACAUUCAGACUCACAUUCAAACUCGUCAUCCUCUUCCACCUCGUCGUCACCUUGCUCCGGAUCGUGGGACAGCAGUUCUUCGCUCAGUUGUGCGGUGGUGGUGAAAAAAGAACGCCUCGAUCCGGACGACGACGAGGACAACAAUAGCGACAGCUACGACGAACAGAGUGAAAAGUUUGGCAAAAUCUCCCUGCAUCAUCACCUUCAUCAUCCGCAAAAUGCAAUCGAACUAAGGCUAGUGGCGCGAGCGACGACCUCCGACCUGUUACCAACGUUAACACCUCCCUCCUCACCAGAAUCACACCUCAGUAUAGGCAGCAAACUGGCGGCGACAGUGAAAUCCGAACCCGAAAUUGCGCUACUCGACCACCAGGGUUUUCUGAGGGUAACGACGGGGACGCACAUACCAAGAAAUGCCAUUGUUCGGCUAACGACUUCGAGUAGUAAAGGUACGGUCGGGUUAACACGAGUGAUACAGGUCAGUCCCCAGCUGCAAGCCGCCAUCGCCCAGAGGAGUUCCACGGCGUCCCCAAGUGCAUCGUUAUCGGCAGUGACGAACGCGAAACAUCACCAGCGGCAGCACGACCACAGUCCCGACUCGAAACGACGGAUACACAAGUGUCAAUUCCUUGGUUGUAAAAAAGUCUACACGAAAAGCUCGCACCUGAAAGCGCACCAACGAACGCAUACAGGCGAGAAACCGUACAAAUGCUCCUGGGAUGGAUGCGAAUGGCGCUUUGCCCGCAGCGAUGAACUCACCCGCCAUUACCGAAAGCACACCGGAGCGAAACCGUUCAAAUGUCGACACUGUGACCGGUGUUUCUCCCGCUCGGACCAUUUGGCACUACACAUGAAACGUCACGCCUAAGCCUAAGAUCGUGAACUGACAUUCAGCAUUGAGAAGUGAAGGAGGAAGCCCAGCAGGACGUAAAUUAUCCCUGGCAUCCCGAAAAAUGAGCUUGUAUCAUCCUCUACGGUCAUGAACCACACACACAUCCCAAGCACAGACAGACACACACACAUUCAAAGAGCAAGCAACGACAACCGAAACACUUCAAAAGCUGGAGUGCGGUACAUUCGUUGUCGUCACCUUGAGAUGAUUCCGUUUGAAAAGUAUUUCCUGUAAACAAAAACUCAUAUUUAGACAUUUAAGUAACUUUAGAAGACUAGAAUGAACCUCUUCCCCUCAGACAUUGUCAUCAUCACAAAAACUUUUAAGUCAUCACUAACGCCAUCAUCAUCAUCUUCAUCUUCAGCAUUGAUACGAUUCUGCUCAUUCUCGCUAUCGUCCCCGAAUAAACACAUCAUUAUCUAGAAAAGUUUUCUCAUUAGACUAUUAUACACCAGGACGUAAGUUUUUUAGAAACACGAGUGAGAAAUAGAAAAGCGGUUAGCGAACCUAGAUAAACUGAUUUUAGAGCAGAAGGUGGAUCAAAAAUUAAAACUCAGAUGCACACAUCUGGCAAUUCCAAGCGUUUGCGAAAAAAGUAAAAUUUGAGUAUUGGUAUUAUAUAACUCCAUGAGCGUGGGCAAAUUGCAAAUAGUCUCAUUGUAUUUUAAUUAGUUUUAAGAAUCACAUCACCCUCCCUUGCAAAUCGGUUCUCGGACCAUUUCGUUUUACUACAUCAGCUUCAUUGAAUGCGUUUUUUUUACUUUAGGAUAAUUGACAUGUAUAUAGAUUUUUUGAAGUGUAUAACUUUGUUGUUAUAGUCAAGUGAAUUUAAAAUUCUUCAAGUUAAGAGUGCAAAAGAUUUCGUAUCGAAUGUGGCCAUUUUAGAAUGUAAUAUUUUUGUUUUUGUUUUGUUUAAAAGUUUAUUUGCAAUAGUGACAAAGCGUAACAUUUAAAUCUUUCAGUUUUGUUUUCCCGACAGGUGAGCAAAGUAAACGAGAGAAUAAAUACAAUUAUCCAACAAUAUUGAAGAAAACAUCACUGCCAAAAUACAAAAAAAAAACAUUUCGACUAGGAUAAGAUCCGACGGUUUAACUUUGCUAGCUUGCUUUAUAUUUUUGCUUAUUUUUUCAGGUUUUCAUCAUUGAACUUAAUAAUAAAUGAAAAUUAAACAUAUCCUGCCCUUGAAUUUUAUAAUUCUUAGUGUUAAUAUAGGGAAACUAUAUGUAUAAAUAAAUCAAUGCCACUUUAA